UACUCUCUCUCUCUCUCUCUCUCUCUCUCUCUCUCUCUCCCCUGUUUUUCCGGUGAUGUGUAGGUCGAUCUCUGGUUUCUGGUGAAGGAUUCCGGCGAGUCUAGGGCAAGAAAGGUCUUUUUGCCUCGCGGAAAAAAAAUGUCAGCACGAAGGCGUAUGCUCCUCAAAGUCAUCAUUCUUGGUGACAGUGGGGUUGGGAAGACCUCUUUGAUGAACCAAUAUGUCAAUCGCAAGUUUAGCAACCAGUAUAAAGCUACCAUUGGGGCUGAUUUCUUGACAAAAGAAAUUCAAUUUGAAGAUAGGUUAUUUACAUUGCAGAUAUGGGAUACAGCUGGUCAGGAGAGGUUUCAAAGUCUGGGUGUUGCUUUCUAUAGGGGUGCAGACUGCUGUGUUUUAGUCUAUGAUGUGAAUGUGAUGAAGUCAUUUGAUAACCUUAAUAAUUGGCGAGAAGAAUUCUUAAUUCAGGCAAGCCCUUCAGAUCCUGAGAACUUCCCAUUUGUGGUAUUGGGCAACAAGGUUGAUGUGGAUGGUGGCAAUAGCAGGGUGGUAUCUGAGAAGAAAGCAAGAGCAUGGUGUGCUUCGAAGGGGAACAUCCCAUACUUUGAGACCUCAGCUAAAGAAGGUUUCAAUGUCGAAGCUGCUUUCGAGUGCAUCGCAAAGAAUGCUCUCAAGAAUGAGCCCGACGAAGAAAUAUACCUUCCCGACACUAUCGAUGUGGCCGGAGGCAGGCAGCAGAGGUCAUCUGGUUGCGAGUGUUAAGAUAACAAGCACCAUCCCUCGAAAUGGGAAAGGAGGAGAAGAACAUAGCAACAUAGUUUCAAACUCCUCUCCCGUAAACAUUUAUUGUGGAGAUAUAAGGCAGGGGAUUGAUGGAUCCGCCUUAUGAAAUUGUUGUGUUCAUCUCCAAGACUUGGUGAUAAUAUUGUAAAUGUUGAAGCUCAUCGGAUCCUCUCUAUAUUUUUUUCAGUUGUCCUAGUAUUUCAUGGUUUCUUGUCUGGGAUUGCUGGAGUACUUAGCUUUGAUCUUGAGCACGUAUACUAUGCUCCCUCGGGAGCAUAUUAGACA